GAAUGGAACACCACAGAGUGCAGAUCAGUGUGAGUAGAAAAUUCAGUUAUCGCGAUAGCAGCUUUUGGUUGCUGGGUUACAAAGGAAGAGUCCGCAGUAAGAAAAGGCAACAUCCACUGAGACGUAACUUAAGUUUGAGUCAAAGAUGGCAAGUCAAAGACCCCCAUCAGGACGCCCCACGACGAAAGGUGGUGUGGUACAAGGUGUAGGAAGACCACCGCCUACUGCUAUCAGACCCCCAGCAACAGCUGUUAGGGUUGGAACAGUGAUGCCUCCUGGGACAGGUCGUCCAGGCACUCGUGGAGGACCAAUGGGAACAGCCGGGGUCCUCUCUGCUCAGAUCAAAGUUGCAGACCGUCCCGUUACCCAGCAAGGACUGAGUGGCAUGAAGACUGGCAUGAAAGGACCACAGAGACAAAUCAUGGACAAGUCUUAUUUUCUUGGACUCCUUAGGAGCAAGAUAAAUGAACUUACAACAGAGGUCAGCAAAUUGCAAAAAGAAAUAGACACAUUCAAUCAAGAGAAUUCUGUCUAUCUGUCCUAUGAGAAGAGAGCUGAAGCUUUGGCUAUUGAAAUAAAGGAAAUGCAAGGACAACUGGCAGAUUACAACAUGCUAGUAGACAAAUUGAACACCAACACAGAAAUGGAGGAAGUUAUGAAUGAUGUUAAUAUGCUGAGAGCACAAAAUGAUAGAGAAGCCAAAAGCAUGGAUGUCAUUUUUACAGAGAGACGUGAAAAGGAAGAGAUGAUCCGAGCCAUAGAAGAGGAAAUUGAACGGGAGAAACAAACAGCAGACAGCAUUAUAAAAAAAAUGUCUCCUGAGAAACAGGCUAAAUAUGCUCAUAUGAAGACCAACAACGAACAGCUACUGCAGGUGAUGGAUUCUCUUCAGCAGGAGCUUGAUACACUCAACGCAAGGAAGGAAACUUUGGAGGCUGAGAUAGCCCACUCUCAGGUGAAGCAAGAGGCAGUCCUGCUGCAUGAAAAGCUACAUGAGCUUGAGUUGCGACGAGACCAGAUGAUUGCUGAGGAUAAAGCCAUGGGAUCCCCCCAGGAAGAGAGAGAGAGACUGUUGAAGCAGGUUAAAGAAGAUAACCAGGAAAUAGCUGGCAUGGAGAGACAGUUGACAGAAAUACGAGAGAAAGUUAGUCAAGUAAAUGUGGAAAUGCGGCACAUAGACAAUGAUAUGGAGGAACAGCAAGGGGGAAUAAAUCAGAAGUACAAAGAGCUCCAGCGAAAAGACGAGGGGAUGGAGAAUUUUCUGGAAAAAUAUGAAGAUAAUAAAGCACAAGAGCUGGAGCGCAAAGCACAGGUUGAGGCCAGCAUUGUUGCACUUCUGGAACAUACAAGCAGGAAUAUGAACCGUUUGAGGCAGAUGUCGAAUGUCACAGCACAUGAACUGAAAUCCAUGCAAGAGGACCUCAAUUUCAAGGAGACAGAAAUGCAUAAAUCCCAGAACACAGCCAAAGGCCUCUCUUCAGAGAGCCAGCGGCUACAGCAGGACCUACAAAAAGUUGAACAGUUGGAGAGCAAGAUAAAUGCAGAACUCGGCACUCUGAAAGAGAAGAUUCAACAGAUGACUGAUGGAUUGGUCACCUACAGUAACCUAGAGGCACUGAAGUCAGCAGGGGAAGAUAAGAAGAAGAAACUGCAGGAAGACAGAGUGGCGCUAACAAAAAGACGUGACACCUUUAAGAAGGUAAUGCAGAGACUGAAUGCUGAAUAUGAAGCUUUGAAGACGCAGCUCCAGGAGAAUGAGACUCAUGCACAGCUAACAAACCUGGAGAGGAAGUGGCAGCACCAUGAACAAAACAAUUUUGUUAUGAAGGAGUUCAUAGCUACCAAGGAAAUGGAAAGUGACUACCGCCCAGUGGUCAAAAAUGUGACUAAACAAGUGACAGACUACAAGAAGAUCCUCAUAGAGAGCCUACAGAACACCAGGAACUGAGAGGCUGCUUCCUUCCUCUGUGGAAUAUAACGACAUUGCACAAACCACUUACUUUUCAGUUUCCUCAUUAAAGUGUGUGUACAGGGAACAAACUGAAUGUACAUUCUCCAUUUUAUGUAAAUACUUCUUUCAAUCAUAUACAUAUGUCUAUAUGCAAUAUCUAAUCUAAAUAAAAUUAAAUGUAAAAUGUU